ACUUGAUUACUAUUGUUGUCAUUCAUGAUUAUCAUCAUUCUAUCACUAAUAAUUAUGAACUACUGUGGCUAGGUGAUAUAGUACAUGAAGCACUAGGCUUGGAGUCAGGAAGAUCUGAAUUCAAAUUCAACCUUAGACAUUUAUUAACUCUGAUUUUGGACAAAACACUUAACCCCUAUUUGCUUUGGUUCUCUGCCUAUAAAAUGGAGACAAACUGAAGAAGGUAAUGGCAAACCAGUUUUUUUAUUUUUGCCAAGAAAACAUAAAGUUGGACAUGCCUGACUGAAUGAUUGAACAGCAACAACAAGCCCGAACUGGGCUCACAAUAGCCAGCGGCUCCCAAGAAUGUUCUGUUGUAUUUUCCCAGGUUCAUCAAGAUAAAAAGAUGUCAAAUAACUUCCUGGGAUAAGAGCCAGCUUACUCUUAAAGCUGUCUCAAACAGUACAAUGAACACUUAAAAAAAAAAAAAAUCUGCUUCUAACUUCCUCUUGGUCCCAACGAAGAUAAAUACUUGAGAAACAAUGUCCCAAAAUGCUAAUGUGGUGACUCUCACUUCCUCUCUACUCCUUACCCUGCUCCAGUUUGCAUAUGCACUACAGUGGGGCACCUAUUCUGGGGCAGAAAGCUCUGUGUUUUAAAAGUGGGACCUGCUUAAGAGGAUUUAUGUUGCCAUGUGUUCAUAUUGCUGUCUCUGCCCCCAGAAAAUGCCAGGAUGGUCCGUUGGAUAGCCAUGGCUCUGAUUAUAACCACAACCUUCUUUUCCUGUCUGGAUCCGGGGAGUUGUCAUUCCUGCCUAGAGGUUUUUCCAGACAUUGAAUACCAAUGCAUGGCCCGAAAUUUCUCUCAAGUUCCAGUGGAUAUACCUUCAUCCACCCAGAAGCUGGACCUGAGCUUCAAUCCACUGAAGUCUUUGGCUUCACGAAGUUUUUCCAGAUUUACUGGACUGAGAAUACUUGACUUGUCCAGAUGUGAUAUUCAGAAGAUUGAGGAUGACACUUAUCAAGGCCUCUGUAAUCUCUCUACUUUGAUCCUGACGGGAAACCCAAUCCAGAGUUUGGGUCUCAGAGCCUUCCAUGGUCUUCCCAAAUUACAGAAACUGGUUGUUGUAGAAACAAAUCUUGUGUCUCUGAAGGACUUCCCCAUUGGACAUCUCAUGACCCUGCAGGAGCUAUAUUUAGGACAUAAUUCCAUCAGUUCUCUCCAGUUACCCCAUUAUUUUGCCAGUUUCAGCUCCCUGCAGCAUCUGGAUCUUCACUUGAAUUUGAUAAAUAAUAUUUCUGAUGGAGAUUUAGAGCCUAUAAAAAUGAAUCUAAAUCUUACCCUAGACCUUUCUCAGAAUCCUAUUCAAUAUAUUCAUCCAGGUGUCUUAAAGGGGAUUCACUUAACUGGACUAAUUCUGAGAGGAAAUUUUCACAGCUCAGGAAUCAUGGAGGCUUGUAUUAAGGGAAUGACUGGCUUACAAGUCAACAAACUGGUCCUUGGAAAUUACAAAAAUGAAUUCCAAAUGACUAAUUUUGAGAGCAAGAUCCUAGAUGGGCUGUGUCAGGUGGACAUUGAUGAAUUUUGGAUGGUUGUUCCCUCUGAUUUUCCUUCAGAUAGUUAUGGAUUUUUCAAAUGUUUAGUCAAUGUUUCUGUUCUCCAUCUGGUUACAGUUCCCUUAGAAGUGCUGACUAAUCUACCAGUAUUUCCUAAACUAUUCUCAUUGGUAUUCACUAACUGUAAAUUUGAAACACUGCCUACCUUACCAUCUACUUCUCUCCCCUCCCUUAAAGAACUUCGUAUUACUAGCCACAAAGAUCUCACAACUUUAUCUGAUUUGAAACUUCCCAAUCUGGAGCUUCUGGACCUCAGUCAAAAUACUCUGAAUAUUUUGUCCUGCUGUUCCUACAAUACCUUUGAGACACAAAACCUGAAAUAUUUGAACUUGAGUUAUAAUGCCCAAAUCAUGUUGACUAAGAACUUCAUGGGUUUAGAAAACCUAGAAUCUCUGGAUCUUCAACAUUGCCGAUUGAAAGGUCAUGAUACUUUCCCUGUCUUUUUAUCACUCACAAAACUUCAGUACCUGGAUAUUUCUUACACAAACACUCAUGUCCAAUUUGAAAAUAUUUUUGCAGGUUUGAGCAAUUUAACACAUUUGAAAAUGGCUGGUAACUCUUUCCAGGGCAACAUUUUACAAGACAUCUUCAAGAAUCUGAGUCAGCUUGUCACAUUAGAUAUUUCCUACUGUCACCUAGAACAAAUCCCCCAAAUAACAAUGAAGUCCCUCCACCAACUCCAGGUGUUAGAUAUUAGCCAUAACAACCUCCAGACUUUUGAUCCACUCAUUUGCAGUCCUCUUUGGAACCUCCAAGUCUUGAACUGCAGUUCCAACAGUAUCACAGCCCUGGAUGGGCAGAAUUUACAGUCACUUUCAGGAACCCUGGUUUCUACUGAUUUUUCUGGAAAUCCUUUUGAUUGUGUCUGUGACCAUCAAAUCUUCUUUCAGUGGGUCAAAGAGAAUAUACAACUCUUGAAUAGAUCUAAACCAAUGAUUUGCCAGACACCUUCUCAUAUGAAAGAUGUCUCUGUGCUAUUAUUUGAUGAUUUAUCUUGUCAGAUGAAAAAGACUAUCAUUGCUAUGUCUAUUUUGGCAAUAAUGGUGGUACUUAUGGCACUGGCCUUGGUCUAUAAGUUCUAUUUCCACCUGAUGCUGCUUGCUGGCUGCAAAAAAAUUGUUGGAGAGGAAAGCACUUAUGAUGCUUUUGUGAUCUAUUCUAGUCAAGAUGAGGAAUGGGUGAGGAAGGAAUUGGUGAAAAACCUAGAAGAGGGUGUUCCCUCAUUCCAACUCUGCCUCCACUACCGAGACUUUAUCCCUGGUGUGGCUAUUGCUGCCAACAUUAUUCAGGAAGGUUUCCAUAAGAGUCGGAAGGUCAUUGUUGUGAUCUCCAAGCACUUUAUCCAGAGCCGCUGGUGCAAGUUUGAGUAUGAAAUUGCUCAGACAUGGCAGUUCCUGAGCAGUCACGCAGGUAUCAUCUUCAUCAUGCUACAGAAAGUGGAGAAGUCACUACUGCGACAACAGGUGGAACUCUACCGGCUGCUUCGUCGGAACACCUACCUGGAAUGGGAGGACACUAACCUGGGUAGACAUGUGUUUUGGAGACGGCUGAGAAAAGCAUUGUUAGAUGGCAGAGCAAAGAGGCAUAAAGAAGCAGCUGAAUAAGAGAUUAGACAGCCAGUUAUGCUUAUAGCUGAAAGAAGAAAGAAGUUUAAGCCAUUCUCUUUUCCCCAAAUUAUCUAUUUCUUUCAGUGUGAUACUGGAAAGGACAAUGGACACUAUGUAGUCUGAUACUUUCAUUUGCAACUAUUUGAAUUGUUUUAUUUGAUUACUUGAAGUAUUUUCUCUUUGACAAGGGAGCUUUGGAAUUUGGUUAUAAUAUUCUUGGGAGUUUUUAUUUUGGGGAUUUCUUUCAGGAGGUAAAAGGUAGAUUUUUUUGAAUUUUUAUUUUAUACUUUGGAUCUAAGAUAUCAAAGCAAUUUUCCUUGAUAACCUCUUAAAAUGUAAUUUCUAUGAUUUAUUAUUAGAUGAUAUUGGUUUUCAAGUAUUCAACUAAUUCUUAGUUUUUCUCUCCUCUUGUCUUCUGAGGCUGUGAUACAACAAGUUCAGUAGUCUCAUGUUUGUGUUUAUUUUGCCCUAACAAACAACACCAAGAGCCAGCACUGUAUCACUGCAUCAUCCAUGUGUGGAACCAUAGAUUAUAGCAAAUGGAGAAAUUUUGAAUUCUGUGGAUAAAUUCACUUACCUGCGCAGUAUGCUUUCCAGGGAUAUACUCAUAAAUGAUAUGGUUAACACACAUUGUUGGAGCUAGCUAAGUAUUUGGGAGGCUUUGAAGGCCCGUGUUAAAAAGGAGCAAUAUUAGGCUGCCUACCAGACUGAAGGUCUGCAGAACCAUUGUGUUCAGCUCAUUAUUGUAUGCCUGUGAGACCUGGGAAGUCCAUCAGUGCCAUGCCAAGAAAUUGAAUUGCUUCUAUUAUAAUUGUCUUAAGAUGAUUUUAAAGAUUCUUGGCAAGAUAAAGUGCUGGACCUGGUCUAGUGAUGCAAAAAGACAAAAAUUAAUCAAUCAAUUUUUAAAUUAACUCUUCUCUAUCCAUUUUUCAGGUCAGUUGUUUUUCAAAUGAGAUAUUUUGUACUUUUUAGUUUUUCAGUCUUUGUUUUUCUUUUAUUGUCUUAUUGAAUCAUUAACUUUCAGUUGCUUAAUUCUAUUUUUAAGGAAUUAUUUUUUUCAGUGAAUUUUUGUACCUCUUUCCAUUUGGUCUAGUAUGACUUUUAAAGGGUUCUUUUUCUUUACUUCAGUGAAUUUUGUGACUCUUUUAGCAUUGGGCAAAUUCUGAAUUUGGUUUUAUUUGUUUUUUGUUUUUUUAUGAGUGCAUUUUUAAGGAUUUUUUCCAGAAUUUUUUUUUGGGGGAAGGAAGUUGUUAAUUCUCUUUUCAUAAUUUUCUUUCAGCACUCUCAUUUAUUUUCCCCAAUUUUUCUUCUAUUGUUCUUAUCUCUUUAACUCUUACAGGAAUUUUUUUUGGCCUUAGUCCAAUUAGCACUUUUUUUUUUUUUGAGGUUUUGGUUGUGGCUGUGUGUCCGUGUAUCUGUGUGUCCGUGUGUGUCUGUGUGUGUGUGUGUGUGUGUGUGUGUGUGUGUGUGUGAGAUACAGGGAAGGAAAGGGAGAGAGGGGAAAGAGACAGAGAGAGGGAGAGAUAGAGAAGAGAGGAAGAGGAAGAGAAAGGGAGAGACAGAAGGAGAAAGAAAGGCAGAAAAACAGAGAGACAGAGGGAGAGGAGAGAGAGACAGAUACAGAGAGAAAGAAAAAGACAGAGAUAAAGAGACAGAGACAAAAAGAAAGCAAAGACAGAGACAAAGAGAAAGAGGGAGGGACACAGAGAGAGGGGGAUGGGGAAGAAAGAGGCAGAAAGACAGAGACAGAGGGAGAGGAGAGAGACAGAGACAGAGACACAGAGAGAGGAAGGGAGAGGAGAGAGAAACACAGAGAUGCAGAGACAGAAAUAAAGAAAGAGACAGAGACAG